AUGUCUUCAGCCGUUAUCCCCCAACCCAUCCAACCAUCUUCUACUUCCAAGAAUCCAUUCUUGACAGCCAACUCAAACAAUAUGACUUCAUCCGAUAUUCCCCAAUACACCCAAACUGCCUCCAAGAGUACUGCUUUUACAGUCGAUUUUACAUGGAAGAAGUGGAAGGGCAUUGUCUCCGAUGUCAACAAUCCAUCAGACACCUUAUACACCAUCCAUUAUUCCCCAUUCAGUCUCGUAGCCAACAUGGUUUUCAAAAAAGCCUCCGAUGAAGAAGUCAUCGGAAUUGGCAAGCUCAAUGCGGUAUCCAUCAAUGCCGACUACGAACUACGUGGACAGAAGGCCCACCUUCUAGCCCAGAAACGCUGGAGGACGGUCUAUACCCACCGCUCACUCAACUUCUCUGACACCGAAUCCCCAGUCACAAUGACAUGGACCAGCGAUUGUGGGUUCAAGACCUGGUACUUUGUCUGUGUCGAUGAUCAGCAAAUGCCCGUGGCAAAAUUCUCUGCCAAUGCUUGGGGUGUCACCAAAAUUGGCAAGAUCGAGUUCAUGGGCCCUAAGGCAGAUGAUAGAGCUGCACAGGAGGAGAUCAUGGUUACGGGGAUUACCUUGUUCUAUUGCAUGAUGCUUCGCUGUAACAACAUUUUCAAUUUCUUUGGGGCUAUCAUUGCUCGACCGGGGCACAAACAGCAUAUUGAGCCUCAGCCCAAAGGCAUGACUGGCGAGUAG